AGGUAUAUUAGUACAAUAAUCCUCGACUGCAUUACGUAAAGGCGGACAGAAAAGUCGCUGUAUAGCACUGUUGGUAUUUGGAUUGAUAAGUGACAAUAUAAUAAUUAACAUGUCUGGUAGAGGCAAAACUGGAGGAAAGGCCAGAGCGAAGGCAAAGUCCCGUUCAUCCCGCGCCGGCCUUCAGUUCCCCGUAGGACGUGUCCACAGGUUACUGCGCAAAGGCAACUAUGCGGAACGUGUCGGUGCCGGAGCUCCUGUCUAUUUGGCUGCUGUGCUGGAAUACCUAACGGCUGAGAUCCUCGAGUUGGCUGGCAACGCUGCAAGGGAUAAUAAGAAGACCAGGAUCAUCCCUCGCCACCUUCAGCUGGCUGUCCGCAACGACGAGGAACUCAACAAGCUUUUAGGUGGUGUCACCAUUGCGCAAGGAGGAGUAUUGCCUAACAUUCAGGCGGUCCUCCUACCCAAGAAGACUGAAAAACCAGCAAAGAGCAAGUAACCAGCUAGCUACAGAUAAAACAAAAACCUGAGCUCCGUUAAGAGCCACCCACUUCUGUAUAAAGAGCCUCCUUUUCAAAUUAAUGCCAGCGCAACCCGAUACUGGAUGCUUGCAGACGGACAAUGCUUCAUGUUAUUGGUUUCCACGAUGCGCAGACAGUCAUUGGACUAUUCAUAUAAAUGUAUGGACAUUUUCGUAUAACAUAUACCAAAUUUGACACGGUCUCCUGGAUAUGAGCUAUAAAUGGUGGUUCAUUUGCGGGUGGGGUGAAUAACACAGAGAUUAUUGUGUUUAUAUUUAUUAGUGCUGUAUCAACACUGUGUUAAACAAAGUGAUGUCAUGAGGUCAGUCAUGUCUACUUGAGUGAAAUUGUUUAUUUCAAUAAAUGUUCUGUACUGAUACAGGGAACGCGCACAAACGUCA